UGUUAUCAACACUACCCUUUUUGAUCAACCUAGCUUCAGCCCAAUCACAUCACAAUGGAAUCCCUCAACGCCUCUGAGCAGCGUGAGCUCGCCUCUCGCAUGGAGAGACGCCAGAUGAAGGAAUUCAUGACCGUACGUGAGACCUGAAAUAAACAGACAUCCUUUCGCGUCGAACUCGGAUCCAACCUACACACCGUUCAUACCUCCCUGACCUAUCCAAUUCCUCCCUCCGUCUAUUAUCAUCCAUCAUCCAUCAUCCAUCAUCCAUCAUCCAUCAUCCAUCUAUAUCAUCCCUAGCUGGCCUUUUCAAUUCUAAUCUCAUCUCCAUAGAUGUACUCCAAGCUCGUCCAGCGCUGCUUCGAUGACUGCGUCAACGACUUCACCACCAAGUCCCUGAUCAACCGCGAAGAGGGCUGUGUCCUGCGUUGUGUCGACAAGUUCAUGAAGGGAUCGGCUCGCCUGAACGAGCGGUUCCAGGAACAGAACCAGGCCAUGAUGAUGCAGGGACAACAGCGGUAAACGGGAAUUCAGCAUGGGGUUCGGUUGCUUUGCUUUGCCUUGACUUUGGCGGUUUCUGUAUAAAAUAUUAGAAUUUUUGCAAUGAUGACAUCCCCUAAUGGCCGGCGAUGGGCUCCGCUCGCUCUUGAGGAGCAGGUUUGGUUGCCGAGAUCACAGUAUGGAGGUAUACUGUUGCUGCCGUGAUUGUAAUAUAUGGAAUGAAAUAGCAUUGAGUAAACUGCUGAUUAA